GUCCCGGCUCGCGUGGCGGCGGCGGCAGCUUCUCCGUGAGGAGGCGCACGGGGCCAUGCCGUCAGGGUCCACCAAGGUCGGAGAGAUCUUCUCGGCGGCCGGCGCCGCCUUCACGAAGCUCAGGGAGCUGACGAUGCAGCUGCAUCCCGUGGCCGACUCUUCGCCCGCGGGUGCGAAGUGGACGGAGACGGAAAUAGAGAUGCUGAGGGCUGCUGUGAAGCUAUUUGGGGACGAUCUUAAUCACAUCAGCUGUGUCAUCAAGGAACGGACAGUGGCUCGGAUAAAGGUCUUCAAAUAG